AUGGCUACUGUGAACAUGAGCAAUUUCAAUUUCUACACCCCCAAUGCCGCACCAAAGCUGCCGCUCAAAAAGCUGGCAGCUUCAGAGUUGAACAACCACCGACAGCAACCUUCAGCAUUGCGGGAUGAUCGAAAUAACGACUCGUCAGAUGACUCUCUUCCAUUAUUCGAUGAGUUGUUCCGGCCCUACCAAAACAAGUACAUCCCCCAAAUACUGUCUCAAAACCAUGAUUCCCUCCACCGCAGAAGCACGAGCUGCAAUACUCAAAGAGAGCCCCUAAUUAUCGAAUAUGAUAGUGACGAUGAAAGUGACAACGAAGCUGAAACUGGAGUUGCCUCGAGAAAUCUCCUUGCCAGCAUUGAGGACCAAGACGCGAGCGAGUGGCCUGGCCUCAUCUCGGCCCUUCUCUGGCAGAUCAAGCCCAUGCCUUCAUUUAGCUCAAGUGCCUUGACUCAAGGGCUGGAGGACCCGGGCCACAUCGCCGUGAGGCAUUUUUCCAAUUGGCUAGGCAAUAUCGCAAGGCACUCAAGGCAGAGCGAGCCCUCGAGCCCUCCCAUAUCGAAGUUCACGGGCGAGGAUUGUCGUGAAGUGUAUGUCGCGAGUUGCGAGAGGUCAAGCAUGAGCGAGACUAAGCUGGAGGGGUCUCCGUGGCACCAGAGAGAAUGCCUUCAGCUGCCGCAAGGCCGGCUUGGGGGCGGGGGUUCGCUGUCUCUGAAGCGGGGCCCAGGUGGAGCGGAUUUCAAGGCGAAAGAGGUGUGUUGGAACUGGACAGAGGAGAGGGAUCAGGCCCGUGCGCGCGCGUUCCCCGAUCGGGCGGGCGUCAAACCCCGCGCGGCGGCAUACCUCGCGCGCGACUGA